UAUUUAGUGUUUGAUAUGAUUGUAUCUCAAGCUUUUGUGCUCACAUUAGUUGUUUUUAUGCUGCUUAGGGAUGGGGUCCUGGUAAAAUGCGAGAUAUAUGGUGAAGUUCAAGUGAACUCCCAUUUAUCAGGUGUACCUGAUUUGACUCUUUCCUUUUCAAACCCUUCUAUUCUUGAUGAUGUAAGAUUCCAUCCAUGUGUUCGGUUUCGGCCUUGGGAAUCCCAGCAAAUUCUGUCGUUUGUGCCGCCUGAUGGACAGUUCAAGCUAAUGAGUUACAGGGUUAGAAAGUUGAAAAGCUCUCCAAUCUAUGUAAAGCCACAGCUAACCUCAGAUGCUGGAACAUGUCGUGUUAGUGUGAUGGUUGGAAUACGAAAUGAUCCUGGAAAGACCAUUGAUUCAAUAACUGUGCAAUUUCAACUGCCUCCAUGCAUUUUAUCAGCUGAUCUGACUUCAAAUCAUGGAACAGUAAACAUUCUUUCAAAUAAGACCUGUUCAUGGUCAAUUGGGCGUAUUCCUAAAGAUAAAACCCCUUCCAUGUCUGGAACAUUAGUGCUUGAAAUGGGAUUAGAGCGCCUUCAUGUGUUCCCCACAUUUCAAGCAAGUUUUAGGAUCAUGGGUGUUGCUCUCUCUGGCUUGCAGAUAGAUAAGCUCGAUUUGAGGAAUCUACCAAAUCGACCAUACAAGGGCUUUCGAGCACUCACUAAAGCAGGGCAAUUUGAAGUUAGGUCGUAAUUCAGCAAUACAAUUUUUUUUUCUUUCAAAGCUGUGUGAAAUGAGAUCAAUUUGUGUACAUUAUGGUGUGAGAAUGCCACUGAUAGUUUCAUCUGUAAAUUUCUUUUUUGUUAUAGAAAAUCUUUGGUCUGAGAUCCUAAUAA